CAAUUUAUCUAGCCGCGCGCGCUUCUAUCUCGCGAUGAUCGCCACUAUUACGCGUGAGCAGCCCAUCAGUAGCGAGGUGAAUCUUGAAUUGUCCGCGCUGGGCCCGUCGUCGUUUCGUCGUUCGUGUACCCAUCAGAGCAUGAUGAUAAUUACUAGUGAUAACAUGUGAUCGCGCGCGCCAUCACCGGUCUGAUGUGUGUUUUUAUCUCUCUGUGGUGCAAAAUUGGAUAACAUCUUGUGCGUUACUGGAGGAAAACGAGUGCAGCAGUUUUGUUCUGAUCGAUUACACUUGCCCCGAUUGCUAGACCUCUGGAGCCGGGACCCCAGACCAAGGAUAAGGGACAGAUGGAGGAGACCAAGAUUAAGCGGCCGGAAAUUGUCGGCGAUGAUUCGCUGGUGCUGUACUGCAACCAGUACAGCUAUUACUGCCAAAAGGUGCUGUGGGCACUCGCCGAAAAGGACAUCAAGUUCACCAAGUACGAGGUUGACGUCGCAAAUGACGAGCACUUUUCGGAAUGGUUCCUCGAGCUGAACCCGCGGGGGGAGCUGCCGGUGCUGCAAAAGGGCCUCAUGAUCGUGCCGGGUUCGGGCCGGAUUCUGGUUUUGGAGGAAAAAUUCCCGGCGAGUAAAUCAUUGCGGUUGCCGCUCACUGCUGACAAGAAGCUGGCCAGUUUGAAGACAACGCUGGACAAGUUGCCGAUUGGAGUGCUGACGGUGGGUUCGUUUCUUCAUCCCAACUCGGUGGUUUCGCCCAAGUCACCGUUUGUGCAGCCGGUUCGCUACACAAUCCUGGAGCGUGACGAGUCCGUUAGUAGUCGAUUGAGAAGCUACGCCGAAUCAUUUCCAGCGUUCAGCAACGUGCUACUCAAGAAGGCCGAAUUUCACGAACGAAAGCGCGAAGUUCUCGCGAGCAGCCAGUACUAUGCCAGUUUGUUGGCUGGAAUCGAUGACUUCCUGGCGGAGGUUGAAACACUGCUGGCCAAAGUGAGCACAACCGAGUGGAUCGCGGGAGAUUCGUGCACGCUGGUCGACAUUGGGCUGGGUUGUCUGCUGUACCGCUUGUACGUGCUAGGGCUGGAGGAUCGAUUCUGGACGGGGGGCAAGAAGCCAGCGCUGGAGAAGUACUUUCGCAGAAUUUUGCCCUCGGACAACUUCCAGAGCACGCUGCCGACCAAGACGACCCUGUUGAAAACGAUCUGGCUGAACACACCCUCGACGUACAAAGCAGGAAUCGCGGCGUUUUCUUUCUCAUCUAUGAUCAUUGGAUCGACGCUGCUCAAGAGAUAAAUGGACGCGCGCGCGGGAACGCAAUAAGAGAAACUUGAUUAGAAACUUUGGUAGAUUUUAUUCACUUAAACCGUUCGUUGAUAGCCAAUCACCGCAAGAUAAGGCUUAGGAAGGAAAAUGUCCUGAUUGAAUCUGAUACGUUUCCUUGCUUACAUCGAUAAUUAUGGUCAUCAAAUAGCUUCGCUUCUGUUAUCACUAGGUGUUACAAACUUUUUGAUUAGACUCAUUUCUUCUUUCGAGCGUUAACAAAAUAUUGCAUCAGUUCAAUAAACUAGGAGGAUUAAC